UAGGGCCUGCGCGGACGCAGCUAGAACCCUGAAAUUCAUUAUGCGUUUUAAAGCUUUAUUUAUUUCCGCAUAACCCACAUACUCUCACCAGGAGGCCAAAGUAGGGAAAAACGACAAAUAUACAUUUAAUUCGGAUCCGCAACAUAGAAUACUUAAAUAUAUCGAAAUUAGUCGGUAGGGAUAUUGUUAAGAAAGUGAUAGAUUUUAAUAUAUUAAGAAAAUGUCCGGGGAGAGAAACCGCAGGUCGUUGGCUUUCAGAGGAGGUGGAUUAGCCGUAACCGGUUCCAGUGGUGUCGGGGGGAGCAACAGUAACAGCUGUGAGGCCCAGGCCUGUCAAGACCGAAAUUUGAACGGGAACAGACCAGAUCAAGAAGAGGAUAGGGAUCUGGGGGCAAAAGGACCAUCACAAGAGAGAGUGGAGGGUGGGGGGUCUGUCAGCGAUAGCACAGAACCAGAGGCUGAGGAGGAAGAGGACCCGGAAGGGGGCAUCUGGGCAGACGGGGAUGGCGAGGAUCGUGUCGGUUGGGUGGCAGUAACUGUCGGAGAAGACGAGUCCAGGAAAGGGAGUAGCUGGACAGCGGGUAACCGCCUGAAUAGCGAGGACGGCGCUGGCUUGGGCAGCGGUGGCACCGUAUCCGAGGACGAUAGAGGCGAAGCGGGGAGCGGGGGAGACGGGGAGCAGGGAACGGGUGGUGGCAGGAAAUGUUGGGUAGAAAUGAGACCGCAGACGUUACUCCAGAAACACUCGCUAUUCCAAGCUUCAUGGCGACAGGAGUUUCCAUGGCUUAAAUUUUGCCAGGAGACAGGUCUUAUGUCUUGCUCCUGGUGUCACAAUAUUCCCACUAAAAACGACGAGUUGGUGAAAGGCAGUCGAAAUUACAAGCGGGCCUUGCUUUUGAGACAUCACCUGUCUUCUGAGCACGAGAGGAAUGACCCGACCAAGCAGGAGCUGGAGCGGCCUGGCUGUGAGGACCCCCCCCAGGGGACAGACAUGGAGACCGAAGACUACUACAGGAACAACAAACCCAACCAGGACUCCUACUGCUACCAGCUGCUGCAGGAGCUCAACAAACAACGCAAGGGAGGUAUCCUCUGUGACGUCAACAUCGUGGUGAGUGGAGAGGUGUUCCGGGCGCACAAGAACAUCCUCGUAGCCGGGAGCCGCUACUUUAAGACCCUCUACUGCCUGACCAAGAGCGAGAACUCCUCCUCCACUUCCUCCUCAUCCUCGUCAUGUGACCAGACGACCACAGUCACCGACACCCACCUCGACGUGGCGGCCGUGGCAGGUUUCUCUGUCAUCCUGGACUUCCUGUAUAGCGGUAACCUCCUGCUGACCAGUCAGAACGCCAUCGAUGUGAUGUCCGUGGCCUCCUACCUCCAGAUGACUGAGGUGGUGGGCUCGUGUCGGUCGUUCAUCAAGGAAGCCCUCAACAUCAGCAUCAAGCAGGAGGCCCCCGACUCAGUAGUGGUGGAUUACAACAAGAGGAGACCGGUGGCCAAAGACGGAGCAGGACAGGUGGGCUCGGACGGCAGCACCAACAAGAAGCCUGGGUGUAACUUCUGGGCCACCAGCAUCCUGUCCAAGCUGUCGAUUAAAGCCAGUGGUCAUGUCAAGGAUGGGGACCAGGCAGGGGGAGGCAGCGUAAAGGAGGAGCCCAGUGACGUGGAGCUGUCUACGGGGGAGGGCUGCGGCCUGGGAAGCUCGAGCUGGGGCUGCGAGAACUCAUCCGAGUCUGCUGAGAAUGAGCCUCCGAGCGUUCCGGGACCGGGGCCGGUGUUCGUCUGGAACGAGCCGGCUCCCGGGGCUGCAGCGGGCGGGGUGGUGGCGGUGAAGAGGGAAGGUCAGAGGGUGGAGCCGGGGAGCGGGCGGAGGAAAAAACAGAUCACACGGCGGUUUGUCUACAACAUCCCACCGGAGCCGGAGGAAGGGUUUGACGAGGGGAUGUUCAUCCAGCCCUCAGCCUCCUAUCCCAGGGAGGACUUCUCCUUCCUCUCUGAGAACGCAGAACUGGCCAACCAGAUUCAGGACAGCCUCCUACAACUCUCCUCCCAGCAAGGAGAGUCCUGGGAGAAUGGCGAGUCAUCCGACACGGCCCUGAAUAAGCUCAAGUGUCCCCACUGUAACUACAUCGCCAAGCACCGGAGAACACUAAAGAGGCACCUCAUUAUCCACUCUGGUGUCCGCUCCUUCAGCUGUGAUAUCUGUGGCAAGCUGUUCACCCGCAGAGAGCACGUCAAGAGACAUUCCCUGGUGCACAAGAAGGACAAGAAGUACAAGUGCAUGGUGUGUAAGAAGAUCUUCAUGCUGGCGGCCAGCGUGGGGAUCCGGCACGGCUCACGGCGCUACGGCGUUUGUGUGGACUGUGCAGACUCCCACCAGGCCACGCAGGAGGGCCUGGAGUCCAUGGAGGGGUUCGUCCGCGAAAACGACGACUUCGGAGAGGGGGAGGAGCCUGAUGAGGACAUAGCUGAGGAGGACAUGCCUAACGGCAACGACCAAUCCAACUGGGAGGAGGGCGACACUGGUGCUGCCCUUGAGAAUGAGUAGCGACUUGCUCAGAAACAAAAAAUAGUUGAUGAUUUAUAAAUAUAAAAGCUGG